AUGAAGCUCUGCAUCUGGUCUAGCGCACAAUAUGUCGAAUACUGGGAGCUGUUCGCCGAAGGAUGUACAGCUACUGCAGGCGUCUACAUUGAGCAGCUGAAGAAUUUGGAAGCAGAUCUCGAAAAUGCACGUCCGCAGCAGCACGGAGUCUACUUCCAGCUCGACAACGCUCGGACGAACAUUGCGAGACCAAGGCUGAAAUGA